UCAGAAACAACUUUCAACAAGCAUUUGAAACAUCUUGUCAUAUUUUACUCAGCUUCGAGUUAUUCGAGUUAAUCAAAAUUAUACCAUGGGAGAAACAACAAGUAGAAAUAGUUCUAGUAAUGUGACGCCACCGCGCGCACCAAAAAUAUCACAACUUCCGAAAAUUCGAAAAGAUUUUACAGUUCAGGAGUUGAAGGAGUUCGAUGGAAAUCCGCCAGAUGGUCGAAUUUUGUUAGCAAUAAAUGGCCGUGUGUAUGAUGUAACGAAAGGAAGGCGAUUUUAUGGGCCAGGUGGACCGUAUGCCGCGUUUGGCGGCCGUGAUGUAUCUAGAGACUUAGCCACGUUGAGUGUUACAAACGCUAAUAUGGAAGGCUAUGAUGAUCUCAGCGAUCUAAGUUCAAAGGAACGGGAUUCAGUGCAAGAAUGGGAAUUACAAUUCAAAAAAACAUACGAAUACGUUGGCUGCCUUCUCAAACCUGGCGAAGAACCAGCAAACUAUUCAGAUCAUGAAGAUUACAGUCAACAAGUUGAUUCAAAUACGAACGACAAACCAAGUGAUUCUACUGCUUCUACUGGCAAAUUAAAAGAUGACUGAUUUGCGUUAUGGAGAAACCGAAAAUAAUUUUCAUGGAAAAAGAAUUAUUAAUAAAAAA